AUGGCAAACCCAAUUCCACAUUCCACCCCCAUCACCAUCGUCAUCCCCUUCAUCCCCGUCAUCCCCGUCAUCCCCGUCAUCCACGUCAUCCACGUCAUCCCCGUCAUCCCCGUCAUCCCCGUCAUCCCCGUCAUCCCCGUCAUCCACGUCAUCCACGUCAUCCCCGUCAUCCCUCCCCCCCCUGCCUGCCUGUCUGUGUGCCUGCCUACACUCCCUCCUCCCACACCCCCCCCAACACCCACUCGGCACCCCUCCCGCGGCAGACAGGUGGCAAACCCCCUCGUGUAAUGUUGUGUAAUCCCAACGACAGCGACAGCUGGUAAAAGAAAGGGCACGCAGGAUACGGCAUCACACCCUAGCUACCUAGCAGGACAUGGUCUUUACUCUAAUUGACACCGUACGCACUUGCGUGGGCGAUAGGGUUAGGCAGUAGAGUUGCAUAGCCUGGUAUGCCGAGCUGAACGGGUGUCAUCAGCCACGGGAGGGAGGAAGGCAGUGUGCACAAGGCUGCGCUGUGCUGGGAAGGACAACCCCAACGGUCACAAGAGGAGGUCGUCGGUGUCAUAUCAUCACCUGGAUAUGAUGUCGAAAGGGUGGUGUGCAGCCUAAACCCGCCAAUCCUCAGCCGCACGCCACACCAGCGGGCCCCACGACGGCCAUCCAUCCAGGCAGGCAGCCAGGCAGGCAGCGCAAAACAUGGCAGGAGGUAUGGCGACGUUGUUCACGCGGGCAUUUAUUCAUCGAAAGGGGUGAGGGAAAAAAUCCUUCACGUCGUUGUUGUUGUUGUUGUUGUUGUUGUUGUUGUCGUCGUUGUUGUCGUCGUCGUCGGUCUAACCUCCCUCCAACUUCUCUCACGAUCAACGGGUUGGAAGCGCGCGCCGGUUUAGAGACCAUUACCGCCUACCCUCCCCCGUAAGUACCUCUUUAGAACUUUGUAAAUAGAAACAAAGAAACAAAGAAACAAAGAAACAAAGAAGCCAAAAAUCCCUCACCACCAAAAAAACCCAUCCUCCCGUCCAGCGUCUCCCCAAACCCCAAACCACUGCCAAUACACCUCUCCCCUUCUUCUCGCAUCGUGGCCAUGAAACACGGUCGCCGUCGCCAGAUUGCCGCCAGCGCCAAGGCCCGGGGCCAAAGCCAGGCCGCGGCGUCUAAAU